UUUAUAACCCGGAUUGAGAGAGAGCUGAAGGAUUCUCUGUCCAUCUUCGGGGUGAAGAGAACUCACUGUAAGCAGCAAAAAUGCCAGUUAUAGAUGUAGACAAUCUAACGGACUUGGAUAAGGCUAAAAUGGAAGUAGAUCAGUUGAAAAAAGAGGUGAAACUGGAAAGGGAAAAGGUGUCUAAAUGUUGUGAAGAAGUCAUGGAAUACAUUCAGGGUGGUAUGGACGAUGAUCCCCUGGUCAAAGGAAUCCCAGAAGAAAAGAAUCCAUUCAAGGAAAAGGGUGGAUGUGUCAUUUGCUAAUGUGGACAGCAAUAACUGCCCUAUUCCGUUUACAAUUUAGACUCUUUGGUACUGCACAUGGUCACCUGCAACUGUUUAAUCUUAGCCAGAAUUUUCUAUGCUGUCUGAAACAGAGAAAAGACAGUCGAGGAUAGCUACUAAAAUUACUCUAAAUGACUUGAAUGUCUACCCUCUCACAUCUUGUGUAUUUCUCUUUUAAGUGGUGAAAUUAAACAAUAAUCUUGUGCAGUGAUUGCCAGUUUUGGUGCAUGCCAUGAUGGGUUCAACAUCAAUAUGUACAGACUCCUUGUAGAAAUAUUUAUUAAAAAACUUUUAAUGUCUACAGUG